CCGAGGAGUCAAGCGCCGGGAUGGGUUGGGGCCAUGCUGUGGGGGGGACGAGGAAGUCGAGGUUUAGUGAGGGCAGAACCACGCUGGGGCGGAGAUAGGGGAGACACAUGCUGGGAUGGGGCAGGGCCUUUUUGGGGUCGGUAGCUGUUGCAGGGAUUUGGGAGCCGGGCUAUGGUGGGGGCUGGGCUGAAACUCUGGCUGUGGGAGGGGCGGGACCUGGGGGAUGAGGACCUUGGGGUCACGGAGAGCACUUUUGCGAUCUGGGACCAAGGUUAGGGGCGGAAACGGAUGUGGAGCCAGAUGAUGUUGAGCGACAGAGACAGGACACUUGGGUGGGGUCAAGUUGUAGGGAGAUUCAGCCAAUUGAAUGCUGGGGCCGGGCCAGCAUUGGGGACCUGGAAUUGUAGCCUCAGGGCCAUCCACGGCUUCCGAGAGACAGAGAAGUCGCGCUGGUCAGAAGCCAGCCGGGCCAUCCUGCAGCGCGUGCAGGCGGCCGCCUUUGGCCCCGGCCAGACCCUGCUCUCCUCCGUGCACGUGCUGGACCUGGAAGCCCGCGGCUACAUUAAGCCCCACGUGGACAGCAUCAAGUUCUGCGGGGCCACCAUCGCCGGCCUGUCUCUCCUGUCUCCCAGCGUUAUGCGGCUGGUGCACACCCAGGAGCCGGGGGAGUGGCUGGAACUCUUGCUGGAGCCGGGCUCCCUCUACAUCCUUAGGGGCUCAGCCCGUUAUGACUUCUCCCAUGAGAUCCUUCGGGAUGAAGAGUCCUUCUUUGGGGAACGCCGGAUUCCCCGGGGCCGGCGCAUCUCCGUGAUCUGCCGCUCCCUCCCUGAGGGCAUGGGGCCAGGGGAGUCUGGACAGCCGCCCCCAGCCUGCUGACCCCCAGCUUUCUACAGACACCAGAUUUGUGAAUAAAGUUGGGGAAUGGACAGCCUAA